AAAGACUCCAAACACGUCCCUCUCUCCCCUCUCUCCUCCGUCACAAACCCCGCCAUCUCUGUCUACGCAACUCGUUAUCUUUCCCAUUUCGAGCUUUCUCUGAUUUUCUUUGCUUGAAUUGAAUUGAGGAAGAGAGAGAGAGAGAGAGAAUCAUGGGUGGGUCUGUGAAAGAUGUACAGUCAAAGAAGGAGCUUGAUAGCGUGAUCGGCGAUGGCUCACCUGUUAUCCUUCACUUCUGGGCCUCUUGGUGCGAUGCUUCCAAGCAGAUGGACCAAGUCUUCUCUCAUCUAUCCACCGAUUUUCCCCUCUCCCACUUCCUCCGUGUUGAAGCUGAAGAACAACCUGAGAUCUCUGAGACUUAUUCGGUUUCUGCUGUGCCAUUUUUUGUUUUCUGCAAGGAUGGUAAAGCUGUUGAUACUUUAGAGGGUGCAGAUCCGUCUAGUUUGGCCAACAAAGUUGCCAAAGUUGCAGGGUCAAUCACCCUAGGGGAACCUGCAGCUCCUGCCAGCCUGGGGAUGGCUGCAGGACCCAUGAUCCUGGAAACAGUCAAGGAUUUGGCUAAAGAAAAUGGCUCAUCUCAGGUGGAAAGCCAAUUGGCAUCUGGACUUCGUGAUGGAUUGAAAAAGCAACUCCAGAAACUUGUUGACUCUCAUGCCAUCAUGCUCUUCAUGAAAGGCAGUCCUGAAGAGCCCAAGUGUGGUUUUAGCCGAAAAGUUAUUGACAUUUUAAAGGAAGAGAAGGUCCAAUUUGGAACCUUCGAUAUCCUGACAGACAAUGAGGUUCGUGAGGGGUUGAAGAAGUUCUCCAACUGGCCAACAUUUCCUCAGCUCUACUGCAAGGGAGAGCUCCUCGGUGGGUGUGACAUAGUAAUUGCUAUGCAUGAUAAUGGUGAACUAAAAGAAGUUUUCAGAGAUCACGGUGUUGAGAUCUAUGAUUCUAACGAGGCAAAAGUGACCAAAAAUGUUGGUGGUAAGGGUGGCAUCUCUGAAUCCACUGGCUUGAGUGCAACCCUGACCUCUCGACUCGAAAGUCUGAUCAAUUCAAGCCCAGUCAUGCUAUUUAUGAAGGGAAAACCAGAUGAACCCCAAUGCAGAUUCAGCCGGAAGGUAGUUGAAAUUCUUCAACAAGAAAAAGUGGAUUUUAAGAGUGUUGACAUUCUUACUGAUGAUGAAGUUCGACAAGGUCUCAAAGUUUACUCGAAUUGGUCAAGCUAUCCUCAACUCUACAUAAGUGGUGAACUAAUUGGUGGAUCAGACAUCGUGUUGGAGAUGCAAAGGAGUGGGGAACUUAAGAAGGUCUUAGCCGAGAAAGGGAUUUCUCAGAAGGAAACUCUUGAGGACCGUCUGAAGAAAUUGAUUAAUUCUUCGCCAGUGAUGCUUUUCAUGAAGGGCACCCCAGACGGCCCAAAAUGUGGUUUCAGCUCCAAAGUAGUGGAUGCCCUAAGAAAUGAGGGUGUGACUUUCGGGUCCUUUGAUAUACUGACUAAUGAGGAAGUGAGGCAGGGGCUAAAGACCUUCUCAAACUGGCCAACCUUUCCACAGCUUUACUACAAAGGUGAGUUGAUAGGAGGUUGUGACAUUGUAAUGGAGAUGCACAACAACGGCGAGCUCAAAUCUACCCUAUCUGAAUAGCUAUGCUGCCAUUCCAUUGGGUAAUGUGCGACAAAACUCGAACUCCAGGUUUUUUUUAGUCGUCUGCUGAAAUGCAUAUUAAGUCACAAUCAUACAUGAUCCAAAACUCUACUAUAUAUUUCUCACAUUAAUGUUUGUCAUCAUCUUUAGGUGUCUGAGUGUUUUUAACUGAUGUAAUCUGUUGCUGCAACUUGUUUGUGGUACUUCUGAGCUAUAUUGUUGAGAUUAUUGCUUGCUGUGUUGUUGAAAUUUUGACCUUAUGGA